AUGUAUCUACAAGCUGCUCACUCUGCUAUACACUGGCGUUACGAUCAUAUAAGCAAAGCUGCGAGAUGCGUAGUUGUGGAAUUCGCCAUUGACACGUUUGUAGGCAGGGAUGAGACUAAUAGUUCCCGGCAGACCACAAGGUUCAAGGAUUCCUUCUGGCACGCCAGAAAUCAAGAGCAAACAUACCAUCAAAGUCCAUUUCUUGUGCACGUUAUCUGUCUUAACCAAGCAGCAGAUACGUGGCGAGAGAAUCUCCACCUGGUAAAUGUUGAGCUGGACGAUUGGGAGUUCGAGCUACAAGCCAAUACUUCCAGGACGCCAGCUGAGACUUCCCACAGCGAACUCAGCGAAUACCUUCAUUCCCUGGCUGGUCAUUUAUACAGAUACGCAUCAGAAUUGAAGGCUAUAGAAGACAUUGCGGACGGUAUCUCUAAGAAACAUGUUUUAGUCAUGACAUCUAGUAACAACAGCGACGAGGAAAAAGCUUGCUUUCAGCGUGUACAGAAUGAUUUCUGCCAAAUCCUUUCCCUGAUCAGGGCACUGCGAGAUCACGAAGUUGAGCUAGAGAGAAAAGUGGCAAAUGCGCUCGCCUUGUUGUUCAACCGAAUAAAUCUCGAAAACGAUAAGAUAAUGCUAAAAAGUAGUAGAGCUAUGCAGGAUAUUCUGAAAGCAACCCAAGCAGAGACGAAAGCUUCAUACGCUAUCGCAGUCCAAGCUCAAAACCUCACACAGGAGAUGAGAAAAGAUAGUCUAUCCAUGAAGACGAUUGCCGUACCUGGAAUGCUGUUUCUCCCUGGAACUUCUUUUGCGGCAAUUCUGGCAAUGCCAUUUUUCGAUACCAACCCAUGGUUCAAUUCCGUUGCUCGGAUUUGGGUUUGGUUCGCUCUGACAGUGCCAUCCACUGGGUUUGCGUUUGUGUUUUAUUGGUACUUUCAUAAAGUCCACAACACCAGGCAGGUUGAUGCAGAAGAAGGGUAUGCGACCAGUGAGAGUGAGUGGGGGUCAGACUCAGAUGCGGUGUCUAUGGUAUCAUUGAGAAAUCCAAUACCUCCACCGCCUCCGGACCCUCCACAUGCUUCCACAAGUGAUGGUGGGAUACACAGCUGA